GAGUCACCAUGUAAACACGUUAAAGUUGCACAUUAAAAUUACAUUAUUUGAUACGUCUGGAAGAGAAACGUAGUUUCUGGACAACUGUAAAAUAGCAAAUGGAUUUAGAAAAUUAAAUACAUGAUUUAAACCUUAUGUUAUAAAGGAAUCAUGAGCUCAGCAGGCGACAGCCACGAUGGAUUGACCAAGAAGAAAAAGAAGAAAACUGGCAAAGUAUUUCCCCUUGGUACACUGGAGAAGACAACAACCGGCCUCAAAGAAUUCUUUUUGAACAAGGAAGAGGACGGAGAGAAACUAGUGGCGAAAGAAAACACUUAUGAGUUCCCAUUUAGCUUCGUCAGUGAUUCUACUUGCAGCUCAGAAAAGCACAAAAAUCUCAAUUGUACCAAAAGACAAAAUCAUGGAACUUCAGCCGAUGGAAUAGACCCAGACAUCAUAUCAGGUCCCAACAACCCCAACGUGGCUAAUGCCGAGCUGAUUGGCUACUUUGGUCACCUGUCGAGAUCACCUGACCCCAACAUCAAGGUCGAUGUUGAUUACCUGGAGCUGAUCCUAAAGAGGGGUGCGGAUAUCAACACGGCUGAUCAGUAUGGACAGACGGUGCUGCAUGAGGUUGCCAGGACCUGGGACCCUGAUGUCGCUGUGUUUCUCAUCGAGCGAGGGAGCAACGUGAACCAGUCUGAUGACUUUGGCCGGACACCCAUCCAUGUCGCCGCUGCUGUUGACUUCCCGGAGAUGGUCAGCACCUUACUGGAACAUGGAGCUGACAUCGAGGCCCUGACCGUCGGUGAGAACAAGACACCUCUACACUAUGCGGCUUGCAAUGAUGCAUGCCAUAGUCUUAGGCUUCUGAUUAAGAAGGGCGCUUCCAUCCACGCUAGGGAUUACAAGGGUAGGACACCUCUCCAGGCAGCCGCAGAGCUAGAUCGUAGUGAGACAGCCGGUCUGCUUCUCGAACUGGGAGGCAAGGCAUCUGAUAAGGAUUAUUCAGGACACACCGUUCUGCUGCUCAUGGUCACCAAGAUGCCAGCAGUGGCAAUGGUCGGUCUGAAUCAGCUGUACAGGAGUGAUCGUCAGAACAGGAAGCAGCACUAUGACCUUCACCACCUUGAGCCUCCUCCAGAUGAAGAGAGUAGCACAGACAUCGAGAAAAGGACAGUGCUCCAGACGAUUGUGGACUAUAACCAAUUGGAUGUCAUCAUGCACCCAGUAAUCAGAAGAAUGGUGGAAGUCAAGUGGAAUCAAUUUGGAAGGACGGGAGCUUAUAAGCAGCUUCUCUUCAACCUUCUCUUCAUUCUCAUGUGGACUGUUCUAGCCCUGAGUCUGGAGAGUCCAUUUCAUGUAGAGAUCCCUUCUGACAUCUGGAGAUUAGUAUUAGAGGCAUGUGGCUGUCUCCUAACCAUAUUCCAAAUAAUUGUGGAACUCAAAGACUAUUUUGACUCGAAAUCAGCUUAUUUGAAAUGGAAGAAGUGGAAGAUAAAUGACAUUGAGAAAGACUUCAAGUAUUGUCAUCCAAGAUGGCCGCAGGAGAGGCACUAUCUGGAGCAGCAGAUCGAUGAAAUAAAACACAAUGCUCGUUCAUACUUCUCAGAACCGUGGAAUUGGUUUGACUGGUUUGUGUACAUCUCUCUCGUGUGCAUCACAGCAUUACACGUCUCGGAUAUCUUCAUAGAUAAUGACAUCCUUAGCCAGGCUACAGUGAACCUCUUUGCCAUAGUUGUCAUCUUCAUCUGGAUCCGAUUGAUGAAGAGCGUCAGAGCUUUCCAACAACUAGGUCCAUUCAUUGUGAUGUUGGGAAUGGUUUUGAAAGACUUUGGAACGUUCAUCUUUCUCUAUGGCAAUUUCUACAUCCCGUACGCCUGUGCUUUCUGGAUGAUCUACAGUAACAAUAAUGGCACCAUCCCAAGCAUGUCAACACCCGAUUCUAUGAUGUACAGUCUAUUCAGAAUCACACUCGUUGAUGAAUAUGAGUAUGAAAACAUGCGGGACCUGAACAUCGUCAUGACGUACAUCUUGCUGGUGUCCUUUUUUCUCAUUUCUAGUAUCCUCUGCAUCAAUGUCCUGAUUGCACAGCUAUCCAAUACAUUCCAAAGGGUAUAUGACAAUGCCACGGCCAUAGCCCUCAUGCAACAGACAAAGAUCACAUUGGGCAUUGAGGAUAAUCUAUUCAAAGGGAAGAGGAAGAAAUACUGGAAACACAUCAGGGAGAACUGCAGCCCCCUCAGCCUGUUCUAUGAUGACGAUGUCGUCCAGGAAAGUGGCGACGAUCUGAGAAAGAUGACCUUUCACAUCCAGGAUUCACUGUUGGAGCUUGACGAGUUCAUUCGCGACCAGCAUUCACGGGCGCAACAGGACAACCUGACCAAGCUGGAAAGGCGGAUGGAGACUCUCGAGGUCGACCAACGGAGGGUCUCGGAGAAGAUGACCUCCGACAUGAAAGCCGUCAAAGCCAUGCUCAUGGCUGUACUGGAGAAGAUGGACAAAGAUGGAGGAAAAUGGGAUGAUGGUGGAGGUGGUGGUAGGAGGAGAGGAGGGAGUGACGACAACGAUGAUGAUGAUGACCAGCAAAGAGGACAUUCUAGUCGUAGGAGUAGAAGAGACAAUGACCGCGAUGAUGAUGAUCAUCAGAGAGGACGUUCUGGUAAUCGGAGCAGAAGAGAUGAUGACCAUGAUGUUGAUGAGCAAGAUCCUAGGAGCAGCUUAGGGAGAAGCAGAUCGUCACGUCAUGACAGGAGAUAUGAUGAUGAUGCCGACCACGAUGAUGAUGAAAGGGGCAGGCGAAGCCGGUCUGGUCGUGGAAGCAGUCGAGGUAGAGAAGGGGAGGAUGAUGGGGGUAGUGGUAGCCACAUUGACAACAAUCGUGAUUAUAACAAUAGAAGUAGGAGUUACGAUCAAUCCGGUGGAAGAUCAAGGAGCCAAAAAAGCAGAAGAGAUGACUACGAUGAUGACAAUCUAGGAAGAAGUGGAGACCGUUCCCGAAGUAGAUCUCGUCGUGAGAGGAGGGAAGACAGAUAUGACUACAAUAGAACAGCUUCUGGCAAUGGCGGUAUAAGAGAAAAGGAAGCUGGAAGAAAAAGCCGCAGUGAUCAAAGCCCCAGAGCACAGAAGGAACAUCGGGACCGGUCUUUAAGCCCAUCUUGGAGGCCAGCAGAGGACGGUGAGAGUCCGCCGCCCUCUGCAAGGCGACUCUCCCGUCGGCCGACCCUGAUGUCUGAAUCCCUCUUCUAUCUGCCGCCCUCUGGAGGAGAUAAAAGGAUGCAAACGUAUGAGGCUGAAAACAAGAAGGAACGCAAACUACGCAAGCAACGGGAGGAGUACCUUCAACUGAAGCUUUGGAACGGUGAUACUAACGGUCAGGGUGAAAGGUCACCAAGGGACAAUGACUACCUCGACGAGCAAGGCCGUCUCAGGAAUUUGGCGGAGCUGAUCAGAAUGAGAAACACAUCAAAGAAUUGAUUCUGGUGGCUCACUUUGCGAUGAUGAUUCAAGCCCACCCUCUCUUUCAU